AUGGAGCUAUGUAAUACAGUCAAGAUAGUUGGUGUUCCGGAAGGUGCUAUUCACCUCCACCUAUUCUCCUUUUCCCUUGCCCGUGAAGCUAAGAGAUGGCUUCACAUGUUUAAGGGAAAUAGCCUGAGAACAUGGGAAGAGGUUAUGGAGAAAUUAUUGAAGAAAUACUUUCAGAAUCCAAGACAGCACAAGAAACUUCUAGAUGCUUUCACUGGUGGUAAGGUAAAGUUAAAAACAUCCGACGAAGCUAUGGAGCUGAUUGAAAACAUGGCAGCCAACGACAAUGCAAUUCUUCGAGAUAGAGCUUACACUUCUGCAAAGAAAAGUCGGCUUGAGCUCACUUCCCAAGAUGCAUUACUAGCUCAAAACAAGUUUUUAGCAAAGCAACUGGAAACCUUGACAGAAACCCUAAGCAAACUUCCUCAACAACUACAUUCAGGUAAUCCUACUAAUGUUUCUGUAAUGUAG